AUCAGGACAAAAGAAGCGCGGAAGUUUUCUUUAUCUUUAUUACCAUCAACAGCCAUUAUAUCAGCACAUUAUGUAUAGACCAGUCACAGCUUCCCGUACAUCUUUGCCACUAUGGAUGAUUGCCCUCGUUGUGCUCGGAGUGUUGGCAAUCCUGGGAAUAACUAUUGGUCUCCUGGUUCAUUUUCUGGCAGUAGAAAACACAACCUAUUAUUAUCAAGGUAGCUUCAAAGUGCUGAACAUUCCAUAUAAUAGAAAUUAUGAAAGGGAGACAUCACCAGAAAAUAACUAUCUUAGCAAAAUUCUUGAGACUAAGAUGGUUGAUGCAUUUCAAAGCUCUAACAUUUACAGACAAUAUAUCAAUGCUCAAGUCAUCACACUGGUUCCUUAUAGCAACAGUGUGACAGCACAUAUAUGGCUGAUGUUCAAGUCUCCCAGAUCAAUGAAGGAAAACACAAGAGGAAGAAUUGAAAGCAUCUUACGUCAGAUGCUGAGGAAUCCAUCAGGAUCCUUGACUACAGAUCCUAAUUCCCUUAGGGUCGUGGAAAUCAAUAAGGUCAAUGCGGAAAAGAUUAUCAACAACCGUUGUGGGAGACGAGCAAGGAUGUCAGCUACAUAUGAUAGAGUCAAGGGAGGUUCCAGUGUUCAGGAAGGAGAAUGGCCAUGGCAAGCAAGUGUCAAAAAGAAUGGCCAGCACUACUGUGGGGCGUCUUUGAUCAGUGAAAGAUACCUGGUGACUGCAGCUCACUGCUUUCAAAAGUCACAAAAUCCAAGAAACUAUACUGUCAGCUUUGGCACUAGAGUAGUUCCCCCCUACAUGCAACACGCUGUUCAAGAAAUUAUUAUUCAUGAAGACUACAUCCAGGGUGAACAUCAUGAUGAUAUUGCAGUCAUACUGCUCACUGAGAAAGUUCCAUUUAAGAAUGAUGUACAUCGAGUUUGUCUUCCUGAAGCCACACAGAUUUUUGCACCAGGCGAAGGAGUUGUUGUUACAGGAUGGGGAGCACUUUCAUACGAUGGUGAAUACCCAGUGUUACUGCAGAAAGCGCCUGUGAAGAUUAUUGAUACAAACACUUGCAAUGCUAGGGAAGCAUAUAAUGGCUUGGUACAGGACACAAUGCUAUGUGCUGGGUACAUGGAAGGAAAUAUUGAUGCCUGCCAGGGUGACUCUGGAGGACCACUAGUUUAUCCCAAUUCUCGAAAUAUUUGGUACCUUGUUGGAAUAGUGAGCUGGGGAGUCGAAUGUGGUCAAAUCAAUAAGCCCGGCGUUUAUAUGCGAGUAACCGCCUACCGCAACUGGAUUGCCUCCAAGACUGGUAUCUAAGAGAAAAGCAUGCAUCACAUAGCAACUGUCUUAGGUCCUUUUUGCCUGUUACUCCCAAGCCUUAUUUAACAUGCAUUUUAAAUUAGUGUGUACAAUGGCAAUUUUGAAAGAAUUGUGGUCCUGAGGGAGUAUUUAUGAACUUUAGUUUUAAGCAGACUCUACGAGACAAAACAAGAAAUCUCAUGAUUAGUCAAGGAAGACCUAUGCAAAGAAAUUACUCCUGUCAAAAAUGGACUAAUACUAUUUGCUUUCUAUUUCAUGGACCUACAUCAUGAUUAUCUCAGCACAGCAUAAAGUUCUUAGUUUUAGUAUUCAGAUUUUCUGGGAUUAUGAAAGUAUGUCCUUGUCCAUUGCAAGUAAGCAGAUAGCUCUGCGAGAGACUGCAACUAAAACAUUUUGAGGGUUGGGUUGGAACAUGCUGUAUCUGCCUUCUUGUCAUAGCUUUUGUGGAAGAGGUGCGGUUGGGAACUAAGGCUGGUCAGAAUUUAGGCACUGACUUAGAGUCUUUUAUUUGUACUGGGGUCUCGAUCAACUCUUGCAAUCAUUGUGAAAUAAUUACGUCAUCCUCAAAACUAGGCAAGACAACACAUUUUAGACUUACAGACA